GCUGUCAGCUCGCAACAAAACCGGCUGAGGGACGCAGAGGCGCAGCAGCGCAGCUCUGCACGCGCUGGGAUGUUUUAUCAGGACUCUUAACUUCAGAGAGAAACACAGAAGCAAACCGGCGAACGCUUUGGACGUUCAUUUUUUUUAUUUAUUGAAUUUUUUUUUUAUUGAAAUUUCUAAUGUUUCAUGUGUGAUGGCUAAUGUGUCAUCGGUUGAUGUAGGAGUUUUGUUUCUUAUCAUGGUGACAGCAUCUUUGGCAAACGGUUCCUCAUCCAGCAAAGAUGUGAGCCAGAGGAGGGAGGUGGAAGCGGUCAAGCUGAGCACACUCCUGCCCGGCGGUGUGGACGGCCACGCCGGUGAAGCGAAGCCCUGCUCUGCCUGUGACCCACCGGGGGCACGAAGGCGUGCAAAGAGAUGCACAUGUUACACUUACAAAGACAAGGAGUGUGUGUAUUACUGCCACCUGGACAUCAUCUGGAUUAACACACCAGAGCACACUGUACCAUAUGGUAUGUCCAGUUACCACGGUUCCCUGCGUAAAAGGCGCUCCACUGGGAAUGAGCGUGGGAGGAGGGGGGCAGUGGCCCAGCGCUGUGUGUGUGCACAACAGACUGACUCUGACUGCAGCAGCUUCUGCAUGGACAGGCAGAGGAGGCCACCCCUAGCAGCGUCUGAAAUAGACAAGAGGACAGCAACUCUGCACAGUGGGCCUGCUAUGAAAUGAACAUAUAAGUGCCAUGCUCAUAAUCCGAAAGGUGGACAUACGUUGUCUUUACACAAGGCAUCCCCUUAUUUGGAAAAGUAGCAUGUAUAUCUACUUUUCUGUAGAUGGCUCAGUGCGUUGUCAUCAGACUGAUGGAUGAAUAAUCGCGAAACUGCUUGCACAAACAAUGAACGCAAGGGGUACCAGCUGUGUCUGUUCUGCAGGUGUGGACAUUGCUUUUCAUUAUCCUGUCACAAUUGAGGAUGGUUUUCAUAGCCAGUUUGUGUCGACCAUGAAAGACUUUGGUUGAGCAUGUUGCUCACACAUGUGCAUGUUGUGUGAUGUGGAGGCUGCUGCCAUCUGACUCCACCACCUCAACCCAUAUUGUUGAAACAUCACCACAAUCACAUAACUGUGUUUUCUCCACAGGGACAAUAUUUAACCUGCCUCUCUACAUCAGCAUACGCUCACAAGCAGUAACUCAGCAUUAUUUUUUAAAACUCACAAUUUGUCACAGUCACUGAAACAUUCAACAUAUUAUUUUGAUUAUUAUGUUGUUCCCUUAUGAAUGGGGUUAGUUUAAUCAGUAAUUGUUGAAAGCACACAUCAAUAUUUCAGUGAAUGAAUGAAUCCAUUUCAAAGCCUUGUGUAUAUUAAAAUGUGUUCCAAUGCAUAAAUUAUAUUUUUGUACAAUACCUAUAUGUACAAUAAAGGUGUAUAAUAGCA